CACGUCCCAGAAACACCCUCUGCUGCAGGCACGCUCGCAGCAGAAGCAACGACAAACACCACCACCACAGAUCGACAUUGACGGGAUGCGAUAGCGAGCGCUGGUUCGCGAGAGGAUUCGCUGCCGCCGCUGCGUCGUCGAUCAGGCAUCGUCGUGAGCUUGCUGCACCACUGACGGCCGAUCUUGCUCUCUUCUGAACACCUGCCCGUACCUCUGCUUGGCGGAGCCCUACGAGUACACCAGGCCACCCGCUCGACCACCUUUCCACCUCUACACGCCAUGGCCGAAGACAUAUCACGGCCGUCGGCGGACGAUCGCGAACGGAGGAGGGGGAGUCUGGCGAGACGUGCUCUGCAGCGAGUCCGCGCUGCCAUGCAUCGAGCAAGGGAUCCUGGAGCGACCACGACGGAACGGGCUGCGGGUUCAGACGACGAGGCGAGGAAUGCAAUAGAGGCAGCCAUCGAACCUGCGAACACCACGAGAGCCGGGGCCGAAUCAAGCGACAUUCCACAGGACGAGAUCGAGCAGCGACAUGAUACAGAGCCUGUGGAAGCGCCUUCAAUACCGUUCGCCACGCUCAACUCCAUUGAAGUCGACUCCAGCGAGGAAGACGCCGGCGAAUCUGCAAUGCCACCGCGAGUAGGCCGAUCUGGCUUGACUCGAGAGAAGGCGCGAUCACUAUUCGCACAAAACGGAUUCGACUACAAAUUGCGAACGUGGCGGCCUCUGGAGGAACCACCGAACAAGAUCAGACGUGUUGAGAAGCCAAUUAGACUCCGAGUACAUUACACCUGCCACGAGUGCACGAGACAAUUCGGCUUGGAGAGGACUUGCAUGGAUUGUGGGCAUCACAGAUGCCGAGAAUGUCUGAGGAAUCCGCCGAAGAAAGUGAGACAGGUGUCAGACAAUGCCCGAAGGUCGACGGAAGACGGCCGGACGAGUCCUGUUGCUGGGCCUUCGACAGCGCCACCUGUGGCAGAAUCUUCGCGACCGCAACCAGACAUGCAAGUAGCACCACUGAGACCGGACGAUGAAUAUUCGCACGACGAUUUGCCACAAGACCUCGAUCUUGCUAUGUAUACCCGACCUAGGGCAGCGAUACAGACAGUAUGGAAGCCACAAGCUCGACCGAAACUGAAGCAUACGCUUGGUGCUUCUUCCACUUCACCGGACGAUGAGGCUCCGGUGGUUCGGGCUGUGCAACGAGUGUACCGGAAACCUCGACAACGGGUGCGAUAUACUUGCGAGCAAUGCGAUACGCUGUUCGUUGAUCACGAUCAAUGUCGGCGAUGCGGGCACGAGCGCUGCGAUGGUUGUCUUCGCCAACCGCCCAAACGCACUGCUGCAGCACCAGAUCCAGAAGUCCUCAGGUCUCUUGAGGCCCGACUUGCUGCUCACGGAGAGUCUUCGACUGCCGGAGCCGCCGAGCAGUCAUAAUCUCUUCUGCAUACUACCACUUCACGACAACUCUUACCACUUUCGACUUUUGUGCGGGAUACGAACGAACACUUCAUUCACGAUACCACUUUUGUGUUUUUAUCUUAUUAUUCUUGGGAUGUUGAUGAUACCCUUGGGCGGAUAUUUUCUUUUGAGCGACCUUGGCCACGGCGGUCUGGGACGCUGUCUUUUGGGGAAACUGACGAGCAUAUGAUGGGACGUGGAAGCGAAGGAAAGCAAAAUGGGCACAAGAAUACCACAGCAUCACUACUCCAGCUUCUCGUUGAUAUCACUUUCGUCAUCACGGCGACGUUGGACGAAGAAAGGAGAUGAGUCCACGUAAUGAAUAUUUCUGAAGUAGUUGGAGGAUGACGGGAAUCUCGUCACAGUAUUCAUUGGCGACUACUUGUCUAAUGAAGAACCAGUACAACUACAAUUCCUCAACUUCUCUCACUGUCAUCCCCGC